GCAAACAAUACCUAAGUUAUAUAAACCAGUUCGUAGGGCUAUACAACACCAUCAGCUUCACUUUCUCGUUCCUCUACUCCACCUCUAGACCAACUUCUUCACCAGAUAUUACUCCCUACACAACCUUCGACCAUCCCUCAACAUGACCGCGGCAAAGGUAUUCACCGUCUUGGCUGGUGUCAUCGGCGUCAUCGUCCUCGCCAUCUACCUAUUCGGAAUCCCCCCUGAGCUCAAGCGCAGGCUCGAAAAGCAGGCCCUGAAAACCAUGGGCGAGAACAAGAUGUCCUACAUAGCAAAGGACCAGAUUUCCAAGAUCCCUGCUUCCGACCAAGAGGACAUCAAGCAGUUCAAAAAGGGCCUUAGCAAUGCUGUUGGCGGAAGCCUGAACAACCCUCUUGGCGAGGCCGGCGGUGAUACUGCCGAUGACUUAACCAAGCCAUUCACGGGUCGCUAAUAGUCUCUGCCAAUCUAGGUCAGGCGGCCGCUCAAGCCUGGGGCAAAGUGCACGACCUCUCCAAAGACGCCUUUGAACAAGUUUCUACCAUGACACAAGAAGCGAUGAAAUGAUGGGUUCUGGCGUUCGGGUUUAGAUUCGCGUUUGGGUUGGAUAUUGGCGUCUUUCCUUCCCUUCCCCUUAACGCACAGGAUCCUCUCCAUAUACGUAUUUAUCGGUAUCCAAUAGUGGAAUGAUUCAUUCCAUGCUUCUCUUAGCUCCGUAUUUUUUGUCCUCUCUCAAUUCCUCUCGCUUGUUCCCUUUCGAUAUUUCCUAACAUUUUCGCCAACGUCUUCCUCCCCUCAAUCCC